UCCUUCUAAACAACGCCAUUUUUUAAAACUUUGGCAAAGCGUCAAGUGUAUUCAACUUAGUGCACUGGGUUCGUAACAGAUUGUAGUUUUGGGACAGAACAAUGUAUUGGAGAUCAGAUGUUUCAUCGAUGAUACAAUUAGCAGAAUGUCAGUCCAGUUUCACCUAGUCACAUCCUCUCCCACUACCCGCGACUGAACUUCCUCUCACUACCAUAUUUGGUGGCGAGAAAACGUUCUAAACGGAUGCUUCAGCUUUAUAGCCCGUGUGACGUGACAUGUCUGGGUUACUCCUUAUGUUUGUGUGGUAACACUUGAUGUUGUCUUUCUGACAAAAAUAAGCAUGGAGGACUCAAACUCUUAUAUUCGCGUCUCCGGAUUUGUUCUUGGUUCAUUGAUGUUUCAGCACUUGAACAGUGAUUCUGAUGUGGAAGGUCUCAUUCUCGGGGAGACCAAAGCUGAAGAGCGAAGCAACAUCACUGACUCUCAAAUCGACAACAUACAGUUUGAGCAUACAAUAAACAUUCAGAAACACAUAUCAUGUCGCAAGCUCAAUAGCUUCUAUAAUAGAAUAGGGGAGGUGAACCAGGAUGAAAUAAGGCACAUUUUAUCCAACUAUAAGGAGGAGAAUGUGAUUGGUUGGUAUAAACAGCGGAGAAACACAGAUCAACAAAUUACCUUCAGAGAGCAAGUAGUCCACGAGAACCUGAAGAGAGCACUCUCCAAUCACGAGCUGGUCUUUCUGCUACUGACACCCAGUGAGAUCACAACACUUGGCUCCACUCACAAACUGGAGUAUGCAGUCUUCAGAUCACAUGGCAGUCAGUAUUGCAGUGUACCUGUCCUGGUCAGCAACCUGGGUUUGUUGGAAGAGCAGGACUACUGGAGACUCUCUGCAUCUUGUUCAUCAGUCAACUACAACCAUGCUGUUAGGAAACACAGAUCUAAAUUCUUCUCCUCCGAUGGAUCUCUGCAUGAGGUGGAUGAGAUUAAUGACAUGAACAACUCCUUGCAGGGUGAACUGACGAUGGCAUGUAAGAAAGUGGAGGAGAGUGAACGAUUGGUCGAGAAGCUGCUUGCAGACGUUUCUGAUCUAAGAAGGAUGGUCAAUGAUAGGAAACAAGAGCUGGGAGAAAUCUCAGCAGAUGGAGCCUCCACCCCGGCACAGCCCCAGGAGAAUGUGCUGCUCUGUGAGGUCAUCAAAACACUAUUUCCUGGGGCAUCUCUACUCCAAACGCAGGCUCUAAACCUCCAGGGGUUUCCAUUGCCUGAGUUCUGCUGCAGCACUGACCAUGGCAUAGACCUCGCUACAACACUGCCUUUGAUCCUGAGUCAUACACUCCCUAAAGCCAGGAAGGGGAGGCUUGGGAGAGGUGGAGGUACAUCCUGGAGAAAACGUCCCCUUCGUGAAUCAUCUGAGGUGCCCAAGAGGAGGAAAGGCAUGCUGGAGGAGACUGAGGAGUCUUUGUCAGUCAGUGGGUCUGAGACCGAGGAGGAUUUGAUCCCAGCCAAUCAGAACGGAAAUGAUUUAGAUGUGUCCAAUUCCCCCGUCUUCUGAGGACCAAAAGGGCCGCUCAAGAAUGGUCACUUUGCAUUAAAUGUCACUGUGUAUGGAUUGUAGGAAAUUCUGUGACAUUCCCCUGUAACAGUCCAUCAAUAACUGAAAACUUGAUAUGUUUGCAGGGAUGCCUUCAAUUAGCUUAUUUUUAGGGGCAACAUGUUUUAUUUAGAAGUGACUGUCCAAAUGAUUGAUUAUAAUAACUUUAGUUUAUCAACAAUUUUUUUAUAUUCAAGCUGUUAUUGAACUUGUACAUAAUUACAUAAAAUUAUUUUCACGUGUA